AUGCCUCUCGUCGUCCCAGGAAUCACCGACAACUCUCAGGACAACACUACUCAGUGGUCCAGCAAGCUAGUAGGAAAGACAGUAUCCGAAAAUGACCACAGCGAGACGAACUUCUGCAAAAGGGAUCUCCCCCAGAAAUGCCGUGUCAUUCAACCUGGCAUGAUGGUGACUAAGGAUUUCGUCCCGGAUCGACUGAAUGUCCAUGUCAAGGACGACGGCACCGUAAGCCAUGUACAGCAUGGUUAG